AUGGAUAGUUCAACCAAAGCCAUUGAGACCCCUGAGCUUUUCAGCAUUAAGGGUCUCGUUGCGGUGAUCUCCGGCGGUGGCUCUGGUAUUGGUCGCAUGAUCACUCGUGCCCUCGCCGUCAAUGGUGCUGCGAAGGUCUACAUUCUCGGUCGUCGUGGCGCCGUCCUGGAAGAAACUGCUAAACCCUUUCCUGAUGUGGUGAUACCAAUCGAGUGCGAUGUUACCUCCAAAGAGUCAUUACAGGCAGCUGUCGACAAAGUUACCAAAGAGGUCGGAUAUAUCAAUGUUCUCUGGUGUAAUUCAGGGACAUCGGGUCCCGAAAGUCCUGAACUGACCAGCUCGUCGUCUCUGAACCAGUUUAUUGAGGCUAACUGGAGGCAUUCGGUUGAAGAAUACGCCGAGACAUUCAAGGUCAAUACUGCGGGCUUCUGGUACACAGCCAUUGCGUUCUUGAAGCUCCUCCACCUUGGCAAUGAAAGGGGCAAUGGGAUGCACAGAAGCCAGAUUAUCGGGACGUGUAGCACCUUGGGCUUUGGCAGAUUUGCAGCUACCGGUCGUUUCGCGUAUGGACAGAGUAAAGCAUCUCAGACUCACAUGAUGAAACAACUAUCCACACACCUGGUCCCGUAUGGAAUUCGGGUGAAUAUGGUUGCCCCAGGGCUUUUCCCUACAGAUAUGACUUCAUCCAUGACUGCAAGUGGUUACGACCCCUCGAAGCUAAUUCCAGAGGGUAGAGCAGGCGCGGAUACAGACAUGGCUGGUAUUGUUCUUUUCCUCACGAGUAAGGCAGGCUCUUAUUUGAAUGGCAAUGUACUGGUAUCCGACGGUGGUCGCUUGUCGAUCGUUCCUUCAACAUAUUGA